GUAUCUCUCUGCUUUGAUCCCACAAAGCUCCCACCUUUUUCCUCUGAUUUCCCAGGAACAUCCAUGGCUUCCAUUCUUUUCUUCUUCCUCUUCAUCUUUACCUUCCCAUGUCACUCUAUUGCAUGUUCCAGAACCCUCUCGAAUGCCGCAGAAAUCCUCUCCGACUCCGGCUACCUCUCCAUGGCACUAACUCUUCAACUCACCUCUGUUACUCUCAAUCUUGAUUCCUCCAACGCCACCAUCUUCGCCCCUCUGGACUCCGCCUUUGCUCGCUCCGGCCAGCUUUCUCUUCUUGAACUCCAAUAUCACAUCUCCCCAGCAAGACUCUCCAAAGAAUGCUUCAGGACUCUUCCGUACGGCGCCAGAAUCCCCACGCUCUGGUCGAAUCACUCGCUGAUCGUCACUAAAGAUAAGGGUUUUGAUUCCCCCUUUUCGAUUAAUAACGUUUCGGUUCAAAAUUUGGUGAUUUUUGAUGAUGGAUCUAUGAUUGUGUAUGGGGUGGAUGAAUUUUUGGACCUAAAAUUUGAGAUUGCAAACCCUAACGCUCCGAAUUCGGCACCGACCCCAAGCUCUACAUUGAGAAACGAAUCAUCUCAGCAUGAGAGAGAAGAGGAUAAUCCUUUCAUUCAGGCUUCGGAUUCGUUGAUGUCUCUGGGUUUUACAAAAAUGGCAACGUUUCUUGAUAUUCAACAGGUGGGGUUUUGUAAUCGGACAAGAUUGACAAUCUUUGCGCCGGUUGAUGAAGUAAUAGAAGCAAAUGUGAAAAAUUUUAGGGAUUAUUCGUCGAUAUUCAGAUCCCAUGUGGUUCCGGGGUUGCUUCUAUCGGAGGACUUAGAAAAGCUCGAUGAUGGAGCAAGCUUGCCAACUUUUUCAAAAGGGUUUGUGAUUACUGUGACCAAAUCUGGUGAUAUUCUUUUGAUUAAUGAUGUUCCAGUGAUCUAUCCUGAUAUAUACAAGGGUGAUUGGGUCAUUGUGCAUGGCCUAAAUCGGUUAGUGAUUUUAUCGGAAAAGCAAGGAUUAGAGGAAGAAUCUUUAUCAGAACUUGAUGGUUAUGGGGAGCAAAGUCUACUUGUCUCUGAUGGAUAUGGGAUACCAUGAAACACCUCUGGUGUUCAACUCAAUUGGUAUCUGCGGAUUCAACAAUUAAUGGAUGGAGAGUUUUACAAAAUGCAUCUGUUGUUCAUGCAUUUGCUUACGGUUCAUCCUUAAUUUUGAUCUUUGUUCUUCAUUUUUGCUUCUUUGGGUCAUAUUUGUAGCUCAUGGUUACUUGUACUGACGAAACAGAACAGAAAGUGGAUUGAUUUUAAAUUUUGUGCUUUUGGAAAGAGAAAUUGUAUUUCUUUUGUGAAUAUAAGAGGGAAUUCUUU